UUUUUGACACGACGUGUAGAUUUGUGACUCCAGAGAUCUCAAACUGUCAAACAUAUUGGCUAUUGCGGCGUUUAAUUCCAACUGCCCAAACUUUAAACGUAGUUGGAAGAGAACAAGCGCUCCAAGUGAAACCACGACAUCAAAAUUGCGUCUACCAACCUUCACUGUUCAAACUCCAACCUCUACAAAAACAGUUACACCAGAAAACGAAUGAACUAUGGCGGUGGAGGUGGAAAAGUCUCAGCCCACAGUGCAGGUGACCAACCUCAAAUUCACCUAUCCGGGAAUUGACGGCCAUCCUCCGCCCGGCGCAAAGCCUCUCAUUCAGGAUUUCAAUCUCUCUCUCUUCGCCGGCAACCGCUGCCUUCUCGUCGGCUCCAAUGGCGCAGGGAAAACGACUAUCUUGAAAAUUAUUGGAGGGAAGCACAUGGUGGAUCAGGAAACCGUCAGGGUUUUGGGAAGAUCAGCGUUUCACGACACCGCAUUGACCGCCUCCGGCGAUCUUUCUUAUCUUGGCGGCGAGUGGAGGAGAGAAGUUGCUUUUGCUGGUUAUGAGGUUCCACUUCAAAUGGAUGUGCCUGCUGAUAAAAUGAUUUUCGGGGUAGCAGGUGUCGAUCCCAAAAGACGAGAUGAACUGAUAAAGGUUUUAGAUAUCGAUCUGUCAUGGAGAAUGCAUAAAGUAUCUGAUGGUCAAAGAAGGAGAGUUCAAAUAUGCAUGGGUCUUUUAAAGACAUUCAAGGUCCUUCUGCUCGAUGAAAUCACAGUCGACUUAGAUGUUCUAGCUCGGGCCGAUCUCCUAAAGUUUCUGAAAAAGGAAUGUGAAGAGAGGGGAGCCACAAUCAUCUACGCUACACAUAUUUUCGAUGGCCUUGAGGAUUGGCCGUCUCACAUUGUUUACGUGUCUCAAGGGAAGUUGCAACUCACAUCGCCAAUGAAUGAAAUCAAGGAGCUUAGCAAUCUAUCCUUGAUGAGGACCGUGGAGCGUUGGCUGAGGAAAGAGAGAGACGAGGAGCGGCUGAGGAGGAAAGAGAGGAAGGCGAAGGGGCUGCCGGAACAUGAGAAACAAGUAGAAGGCAGCCGUGUGAUAAACAACGGGUGGGCUGCUGGGAGGCUGAACUCAACUGUUGCUGGGGAAGAGAAUUUUGUAUUAAGCUCAAAUAGGGUCCUCAGAUAAAAGGAAACACAAAACUACCAGGAGUAUUAUAAGAGCUUGAUGUGUCA